AUGGAGGCUCAACAGCAGAAAAGCGGGAAGCCUUGGAGUGGCACGAACAAGAUCCCAAACAUUAAGGAAUUUGUGGCACGGCUCGACAAGGACAAGGCAGAUAGAGACAAGAAUAUCGACGCCCGUCUACAGAACCAACAGCUCGGUGGCUCUAAUGAAGCAACUCCUCAUCAAAACGAAAAGCGACAGGAACAUGGGAAAACUGUCACCGAUCCAGUCACUGGCAAUGAAGUGGUCAUCGCGGACGUGGGCAAAGAAUAUAUGCAAAGGGCCGACAACCCACAGCUGUCGGUUCCAAACGCAAAUCUAGGCAAGCCUACGCCGGUCAAGACAGACCCUUCUCAGCGAAACCCCGAGUACAAAGAGAAACAAGACAUAACGGCGCCUCCGGAUCCGAUCGUCGAGGGAAGCACGUCCGAUGUCCCUAUCCAUGGAGAGAAGACCAACAUUCUGUUCCACCCGACACCUUCCGUCAGCUACGAGCCAAUGUUUUCGAUACUGGAAAAGCGCGCAGGCGGCCUCUGCAUUGCUAUCUUCGUGUCUGUUGUGAUCAUUGGCAAGAUGUUCGGUGGAGCUCUCAAAGGUCUGAUCCCGUUGGGCCUGUGUCUUGCAUCCGGCGUUUGGCUGUGGAUGAAGGAGGUUGUGAGAAGCGGACGAGAGGUCGAGUGGCAUAGUGAGCAGACUCGAGGUGAAACUGCGGUGGCCAAUCUCCUGCCUGAAUCGGUCGAAUGGAUGAACACUUUCCUCGGGGUUGUCUGGGGCUUGAUAAACCCGGACAUGUUUGCUGGAGUCGCAGACACGCUGGAAGAUGUCAUGCAAGCCUCUGUUCCCGGGGUCAUCAACAACGUUAGAGUCGCAGAAAUCGAUCAGGGAAACAACCCUAUCCGAAUCCUCAGCUUACGUGCUCUACCCGACUCCCGAGUCGGCGAGCUGAAGCAGAGUAUCCAUGAUGAGAAUAAGAAAACCAAGGAUCCACAAGAAGCGGCGGCAGACGAGGAAGGCGGCGACUACUACAAUCUCGAAGUCGCCUUUGCCUACCAUGCCAAACCUGCUGGGGCAAGCGCAUCCUCCAAAGCGAGGAACAUGCACAUGAAUCUCGUCUUCUAUCUGGGCGUCAAAGGCUUGAUCGGCGUACCGUUGCCUAUUUUCGUUGAACUGCAAGAACUUGUGGGCACCGUGCGCCUGCGCCUCCAGAUGACACCAGAGCCGCCUUUCGCAAAGAGUCUCACCUUUACCCUGAUGGGUGUUCCUCAUGUUCAGGCAGGCUGUAUUCCGAUGGUCAGACACGGGGUUAAUAUACUCAAUUUGCCAUUGAUCUCCAAUUUCGUUAACUACGCGAUUGGGGCAGCAGCCAGCAUGUAUGUCGCUCCGAAAUCGAUGCAACUCGACCUCAAGUCUAUGCUGCAAGGAGACGACAUCACCAAGGAUACCCAGGCCAUUGGUGUCAUGUGGAUUCGGAUUCAUCGCGCGGUUGGUCUCAGCAAACAGGACCGCCGUGGCAGUAAACAUGGCGGCAGCGACCCGUACAUCAACCUGUCGUUUUCGAAAUAUGGCAAACCGAUGUACUGUACUCGCGUUAUCUGCGAUGACCUCAACCCCGUCUUUGAAGAGACUGCGGCACUUUUGGUCACACCUGAGUUGGUCAAAGCUGACGAGCAGCUCAGUGUGGAGCUGUGGGACUCGGAUCGCAAUUCUGCCGAUGACAUGGUAGGCAAAGUGGAAUUGUCGAUGCAGAAAAUGAUCCAGCACCCAGGCAAAAUGUACCCGCAAAUCUCCAAGUUGGCUGGGGUGCAACAGGGCACCGACAUGCCGGGUGAACUUCAUUGGGAGGUGGGCUAUUUCGGCAAGCCCAAGUUCCGUCCUGCCUUGCGCACCGAUGGCAAGGACAAGAAUCUGCCUGCCAAACUACAAAAUGAUCCUCAGUUCCAAGAUGAAAAGGGUACACUCGACAGCGACGACGCCGACGCCGUCGCACACACGCCCCCUGAUCCGCUGUGGCCCAGUGGCAUCUGCAGCGUUAUCGUACAUCAGAUCGUUAGCUUGGAACUGGAGAACAUCAAAGGCAGCGAGGGCAACAGAAAGGGCAAGGAGUUUGAGCCAGCCAAGCCAUAUGGCGAGGCAACCGAAGAGGAAUCUAUCAGACUGCCCACUUCGUACUGCACCAUCCUUUUCAACGAUGUGUUGGUCUACCGCACUCGCGCCAAGGCGGUCAGCAGCAAGCCAAUCUUCAAUGCCGGAACAGAGCGGUUCAUGCGUGACUGGAGGUCGGGCAUUGUCACAGUCACUGUCCGUGACCAGCGAAACCGCGAGCACGAUCCCAUCUUGGGUGUGGUUCCUCUGCGAUUGUCCGAACUCCUCACCACCAGUUCUCAAGUGACCAGAUGGUACCCGCUUGACGGUGGUAUCGGCUUUGGACGCAUCAGAAUCUCUGUCCUCUUCCGAAGUGUAGAGCUCAAGCUCCCACCCAACAUGCUUGGCUGGGACGUGGGUACCUUUGAAUUCAUCUCAGACCAGAUCGUGGCCAAGGGCUGGAAGGAUAACACGAAGCUCAAGCUCCGCACGGGUGGCAGCACUGGCAAGAUACCCCGGACUCAGUGUCACAGUGGUGAUGAUGGCGUCUACUGGGACGUGUCCCCGCAGAACAACCACCACGUGCGAUUGCCGGUUAGAUACCGAUACCGAUCACCUGUCAUCUUCGAAUUCCAUGUCACGGGCAAACGCGGUGCGGCUGCUUACGCAUCUCUGUGGCUGCAGAACCUGGUGGACAACGAGGAGACACCUAUCGACAUACCCAUUUGGAAGACGAAGAAUGGCCAGCGACUGGUGCAGAAUUACAUCACCGAAGAUAAUGCUCAUGCCUUCAAGGAGACGGGCCUAGAAGACCUGGAGGAAGUGGGUCGCCUGCAAUUCCGUGGCCGGUUCAAGGCUGGUAUGGAUGAAUCGCACCGGGACUUCAUCGUUGACAACGACACACGUGAGACGUUCGAGACGUGGGAGGCGUGUCUGACCGAAGGUGUCCGGGACCGGGUCGUCGAAGCCGAAGUGCCGGAGAACAUUCAACAGUUGCACGAGGCUUCGUUGACCGAAGGUCGAGAUGUCCUAAAGCAAGAAGUCUCGGAAGAAGAGCGGCGUAAAUGGCUGAGCAAGAGUGGAGAAGACUGGUCGGGCGCAUUCAGUCAUGAUCCCAGAGCGUACACCGACAAGAAUCACGAGAAGAUUGCUGAGCCAGGCGUGGAUGACCCUCCCCAUGAUCCUUACAAUCCGUCUGAUGACGACGAUGACGAUUACGACGACGAAAGCAGUUCUGAUUCCGACCUGGGCAUUACCGAUGCCAGCAACGCUCCGGACGGACAAUUGACCGCUGGCACGACUGCUCACGCACUUACCACUCACCCUAACGGGGAUCAGGAUGACCAACAGUAUGCCGGUCGACCCAGCGCGGAUACGACAUUGACGAACGACACCAAUUACACGACCAUGACCGAAGGAUCGACCAAUUCGGUACUGCCCGUCCAGAAGAGGGAUUCCAAGUUCGAGAAAAAGGCAGGCAAGCGAGCCGAGGAGCGUAAACACCGGGGACUGUCACAAUGGACGCCCUCGCGGAAUGUCAAGUUUGCAAAGGACGAAGCGAAGAUCGGCAUGAGCAAGAUCAAGAAAAGAUUUACUGGAGGUUUGGGUGGACGAGAGCCCGGCGUCGAGACUGAAGCCUAA